UGCGUGGUGGUGUGAGCAGGAAGAAAAAUGGGUCAAGCAGCAAGCCAGGAGGAUGCGGAACAGGGUGGUCAAGCCGGCGGUGAAGAGGAGGACGACGAUGGAGGCAUUAUCCCGAUGCGGUCGGACCGCUUCCUGGUGACGGACAGUGACAUUGCGUGCGAGGAAGCGGCACGAUUGACAGCGGAUCAGCAGGAAGAUCCAUCGCCGGACGAUGACGAAGGAGGGUGCGAAUACCAUGAUAUGCCACCUCCACCGGACGGAGGGUACGGCUGGGUGAUCGUAUUUGCGUCCUUUAUGUGCAACAUGAUCGUGGACGGUAUCGCCUACACGUUCGGUGUGUUUCUGAAUGAGUUUGUGGUGUAUUUCGGCGAAGGCAAAGGCACAGUAGCCUGGGUUGGCAGUUUGCUCAGUGGCAUGUACUUAAGUGCUGGACCGGUUGUAUCGGCUUUGGCGAACAAGUUCGGGUGCCGGGCAGUGUGUAUCGCUGGUAGUAUCAUCUCCUGUACGGCAUUUGCGCUUAGUACGCUCAGUACCUCGGUGACAAUGCUGAUGCUGACAUACGGUGUGAUGGGUGGCAUCGGGUUCGGUCUCAUCUAUCUGCCGGCGGUAGUAGCCGUCGGUUACUACUUCGAAACAAAACGCUCGCUGGCCACCGGUAUUGCCGUGUGUGGGUCCGGUUUCGGUACGUUUGCGUUUGCACCGCUUGCCAAUAUGCUGCUGGAGAACUUUGACUGGAAGAACUCGAAUCUGAUUCUGGCAGGAUUGAUCCUAAACUGCGCCGUGUUCGGUGCAAUGAUGCGGCCGCUUACUUAUCCGAAAGAGGAUAAGGUGAAACCUUUGAUGCAGCGUAUGUACGAGGAGAAGCGGCUCCAGAUGGAGCGUGGCUCGAUCGGAGGUUCGUACUUUAUGGUUCAGCUACCUGACGGCACGAUGGAAAAAAGACUGAAAGCACCACUGAACGCUGAUCCGGGCGUACAUUCGAGCCUUGCCCUAGACCAGCUGGCGGCCCAACAGGGCGGAAUACAUCCAGUGGCUACCCUGCCCACAAUUUCCGAGUUUAAGACGCAGGAACAAAACGGUAGCAGCGGCUCCUCAUCCGAGUCGAGCCAGAUCGAGAUGAAGAAACCGCUGAACAAGAAGCGCAACACCAACUCGGAGUCGGAUGCGGCCGACUACGGUGGGGACAACUUGCCCCGCAAUGCCUCACAGCCUGCCUUUACCAGCCAUCAGUCGGGUAUUCCGAAGAAUGGUUCCGUACCGACGUUCGAUCGCGUCCGCAAACACUCGACUGGAGAGCGGUUCAAACCGUCGCUGGCGGCCAUCAAGGCUAGCUCGCGUGGUGAUGUCGGUAGCAACGGUGACGUACGUAAAUCCAUGCAUCUCAGACUCUCGCGCGGCUCAGUCAAUGGCAGCAAAAAUAAUAACGCUGAGGAAUUCGACGAUGCCAGCAUGUUUACCUCAAAAGCCUCGCUGAAGGCGGAUCGUCCGGUCAUGGUCCGUCCUCUGUCACGUAAGGACAUCUUCUACUCUGGCUCCGUUACCAACCUCAAAGAGUUCCAGUCACAAAAAUCACUCACCAACUAUCGCAAUUCCGUCGUUUCGCUGACCAAGUUUGAGAAAGACCAUCGGAAUGAUGUACGUGAUGAUGUAGAGAAAGGCAGAGAAGAACAGUACGACUUGUGUCCGUGUUUGGCAUUGCCGGAAUCCUUCAAGAAUGCGAUCGGUGCCAUGAUGGAUGUGAGCUUGCUGCGCGAUCCUGUCUUUAUGAUGAUUGGUGUUUCGAACAUCUUUGGCAUGGCCGGUCUGUACGUCCCAUUCGUUUACCUGGUUGAUGCAGCCGUUUUAGAUGGAAUUGAACAAAAUUCUGCCUCAUUCCUUAUCUCAAUCAUUGGUAUUACAAACACGGUCGGCCGUAUUGUGUGUGGCUACGUGGCGGAUUUCCCGCAAGUGGACGCCCUGUUUCUGAACAACAUCUGUCUAGUCAUCUCCACCGUAGCGGUCGCACUGACGCCUUUCUGCCACAGUUACGCAGCGUACGUAGCAAUGGCGAUCGCAUUCGGCAUUGCCAUCGCUGGUUACAUUUCAUUGACGUCAAUUAUUCUGGUCGAUCUGCUCGGACUGGAUAAGCUCACGAAUGCGUUUGGGUUGCUGAUUCUUUUCCGUGGUGCUGCUACGAUUGUCGGUUCACCGCUGGCCGGAGCCCUGUACGAUGCUACACAGUCAUACUCCAUACCGUUCUUCGUUGCUGGUGGACUGUUUGCCUUGUCGGCCAUUACUAGCUUUGCAGCACCGGCCAUGAAAAGAUUCCGCAAACAAUCGGAAGCACCGGUGCACGUCGAAGUUUUAACUCCAAUCGACGAGGAACCGUCGGAAGAUUUGGCCGACGAUGACCAACCGAUCACGAUGGUACCAAAGAUCAUUCAAACAGCCCCAAGCCCGUCCACGGAGCAGCCAGUGACUUCGAAUAUCACCUCCACCACUACCAUUAACGAUGACCGCAAGCAACCGCAGUCAAAUGGGGGCACGAAGGAUACCGAUAAGGAAGUAAGCCAGAUGGAAUCCGUUGUGUAACAAGGAUCCGGAUCGGUGAGGAAUCAAGGUAACGAGUGUACUAAAAGUAGG